AAGAGGGAAAGGACGACCCGCUAAAACCCAUUGUGCACUUUUCUAAAUUUUUACAAAAAUUAGUUCUCUCAUCACUCAUACAUCUUUCAGUGUUAUUACUGAAGACUCGGCUAUUUCGCCGUGACCUCGAAAUCCCGUGCAUUUGGAGGCACUUUCAAAACGGCCAGGAUCAUGGCGGAUGACGUGACGGAUUCGGACAUCUCGAUUGCACCCCUUAAAUCUGAUGAGACAGGUGACGGAACGGUGGAAUGUGACUCUUUGAAAAACCAGGAAGAAACCAUUUCAACAAACCAAGAUGAAGAGACAGGUGAUGUUGGUUCAUCGGGGGUACAUGCAUAUGUAGAGAGUUCAGACGUCCAAGAUGAAAAUGCACCAUCAAGUAGUAAUGCCUUGGACACUGGUGCUGAAAACAGGGAAAACCAAGAUUUAAUGCCGGAUUCCUCUGUGGAAGCCCCUGGGGACAAUGGUAUGAAGGAAGCUGACAGUGGUGCUGUUGACAGUUCAGACAAUCUUGCAGAUAACACGAAUGUAGAAAGUAGUACUAGUCCACUUGAGGAGGAUGGUGGUGUGGUAGACAGUAGUGGGAAUGUUGAUCUGGUUGCCUCACCUGAAAAUGAUGACAUUGUAGAAACAGUUACUGAUGGCGAUAUCGGAUUGACUGAAAAUGACGCAGAGGAAGCAGAUCGUUUGUUAGGUACACCAGUUCAAGAUGAAAUUGAAGAUGGUGGGGUCUCCAGUACGGUUCAGGAAGAGUCUGCAGAGCAAGACCAGUCUGUUCCUGAAUCCAGUGGUGGCAUUGCAGAUGAGGCUAUGGAUACAGGUGAGGUUGACGACCCUGACGAGGUUGGAUCAGAAGCCCCUGAUGCAAUUGUUGUUGAAUGCGCAACUGAUGUUGCUAGAGAUGGAGAUUCUGUUGUCCCUGUUGGAGAUGAUGAGCCUUGUCCAAGUGGCACCGCUGAAAAAGACAACCUUGUGAAAGACGAUACUGAAAGUGCUGAGGUUAGCGAAGCAUCAGUGGCUAUGGAAGUGGACGAGGUCAAGGACAGUGAUGCAUCAGAAGUAGCUGUAGUUCCUAUCGAGAAUGAAACUAGGAGUACCAUAGAAACCACAGAUGUUGCAAUGGAGGAAGACAUGACGAACGAAGCAGAUCACCAGACAGAGAAGGAGCAAUCUGAAAAAGAUGUGGGUGUUCCCCUGGAUGAUGAAAAGGUCAAAUCUGAGGAUGUUGAUGCUGAAGAAAAGACUGAGGCUAACGCUGAUGCUGUGAUUAAGGUGGCAACUGAAGAAGUCGAAGCAGAUGAAAAAGUGGAGGAAAGGGAAGAGAAGAAGGAAGAUGUUGGUGUUAUUGAAACGAAGAAUACAGAUGACAGGGAAGCAGGUGAUGUGGAUAUAAAGGAGACACAAAUGAAGGAGGAAGCUGAAACUAAAGAUACUGACACCAAAGAUGAAUCUGAUGUUGAAUCAAAGGAGUCGAAGAAAAGUCCAGGAGAUACUGAUGCAGAGCCAAAGAAAGGUGCCGGUGAAGCCAUGGAGACUGAAGAGGCUGGCUCUGCUGCUGAAGGUGAAUCCAAGUCCCCAAAGGAAGUAGAGGAGAAGAAGGAGGAGGAACAGAACGUUUUGAAGGACUAUGCUGGAGAUGUAAUGGAUGACUUCUUGGGUAUGUUUGGCCUGGACAAGCUUGAUGAAGAUGAGAAGGAAAAGUUGAGCGUUAGUGACAAGUUCAGUUCAGAAAAGGCCGCAGCCUUGGCUAAAGCUACAGGGUCCGCCCCAUCACCAACAUCGGCACAACCAACCACGACAUCAACUGCUACUCCUCCACCCAAACCUACUGCACCAGCAGCAGCAGCAGAAGCAGUGGCAUCUAAGUCAUCAUCACCAGCUGGUGGAAAAGCUCAGGGGAAACCAGUACAGAAAUGUAUUGUUUGUCAAAAGGUCGACAAAUGCAAGUAUAACAUAGUGCGCAAUGGUGACAUCAAGCACCUCUGUGAUGACAACUGCUUCAAAACGUUCCGUGCGAAUCCAGCGACGUACCUCAAAGCAAAGGAGCCAUCCCUUGCACCUGCAGCUCAAGCUCCAGCAGUAACAGACUCACCAGGACCUGUUAUGACUGCUAUAGAGAAGGAAUGUGUCGUUUGCAACCAAACGAGUGCCAACAAAGCGAAGCAGUUUCUGGCAUGGCAGGGCAUGAACUAUUGCAGUGAAAUCUGCUUAGGAAAGUUCCAGGCAAAAUUGAGCAAGACAUGUGCAUAUUGUGAACAGGAUGUUGCUGAAGCCUCUAAGGCCAAGUUUUGUAUGAGUCUUGGUAAAGAGGUGAAACAUUUCUGCCAACCAGCUUGUUUGGAAGACUUUAGGAAACGUUUGAAACUCUGUGCAUUUUGUCAGACAGACUUGUCCAAAAAUUCCGACAGUUUUGCUGCACCAGUUGGAAAAGGAACUGGAUUCAAAGAUUUCUGUAGUCAAACAUGUCUUCAGAAAUAUGAGGAUAAGUUGUUUAAUAAAGACAAGGAGGAUAAAGGAGAGGAUGGGAAAGAAAAUGACGGUAUUCCGGGUGUCAGGCCUCGUACACGCUCAGCAAGUGGACUGGCAACGUGUGCAGUCUGCGGAAAGAUGUCGACAAUCAAGCAUGAAGUGACAUUUGAAGGCAAGCCAAACAAGUUGUGCUCAGACCCAUGUUUUGCUGCAUUCCGUUACACGAACAAACUCUCCAUGAAUAAGUGUGACCUUUGUGGUGCUCACGUCACAGAAGGUUUUCACGUACAAUAUGAGGGACACCAGAAAAAGUUCUGCAGCAUCUUGUGCGUGAAUACAUUCAAGGUGGCCAAGAAGAAGAUGGUUGCCUGUGCCUGGUGUGCAGCCAAGAAGUCCAACUUCGACAUGAUAGAACGGGUGGAUCCAAAUAACAAGUUCCAGUUAUUCUGCUCUCUCAACUGCCUUUCCUUAUAUCGCGUCAACAUCCAAGCGACAUCAAACCAAAGAGUUUCUUGUGACCAAUGCCAUAAGCAUGUCCCAGCCCAGUACCACCUGACCAUGAGCGAUGCCUCUGUUCGUAAUUUCUGUUCCUACACGUGUGUGGUUGCAUUCCAAGCCCAGUUCAACCAGAACCGUAAACCAGCUAACGCACCAGCCAGAGGAAAACCACAAAUGGCCCAACAGCAGAUGGCUACAAGGACCAUAGCCCCAACAACGCAACAGAAGAUUCUUGCUGCCCAGAAAGCCAAGACAACCGGCAGCAGCGUACCAGUGAUCUCAAACGUUAUGUCACUUGCCCCUCCUGGUCAGAAACCAGGAUUGGUCAACAACGCACCAAGGACCAAUGUAACAAACCAGGUUAAUAGAGCUACUGGUACUGCCGGAACACAGACUGUCUUACAGAAGGUCAUGAUACAGCCACCUGCACCCAAGUCGGUCAAGAACAAGUCCCUCCUUUGUAAACCUUUCACACAGACUAAGGCCACCACUUGUCGACCACAUACACAGACAAAGGAAACCCAGACGGAUGAUGGAGACAUGCAAGGAAAACCAUUAAUCAUUCCAAUACCAGUACCGAUCUAUGUACCCUGUCCAGCUGCCAUGUACUCAUGCCCAACACCAGUUCUUGUUCCAAUGCCAGUACCUAUUCCAGUGCCAGUUUUUAUACCAACCACCAAAAAUAGCUCAGCGAGUAUAUUCAAAUAUAUGCAGGAAAUUCAAGAAAAGAUGCCAUCAGAUCCAUUUGAGGCCGAGUUAUUGAUGAUGGCUGCAGCUGUAGCUAGUGGUCCAGAAUCAGAUGAAGAAGAUCUUAAAAAAUCUACCUAUAAUCCCCCUGUAGAAGUAAAACCAAUUAAAAAACCAGAAGUAAAAUCAGAAAAAGUCGCUCCCAAUAUCCAACCCGCCCCACCUGCCCAGGAUUUGAUGGGAGAAGAUAUGUUACAAAUGGCCCUGAGGUUGGCCACAGAGAUGACGGAACCGGUAGAUUUGGAGUCCUCUCUGGACUCAGCUGCGGCAAAGGCUGAUUCUGGAAUGCCUUAUGACCAAGAAAAUGAACCAAUGGUACAAGAAUCCAAACGAGGUGGAAAAGGGCGAAAGCGCGCUGCUGGUGGGAGGGGUUCGAGAGCAAAGAAUAAACGACAGAGAGUGGAUGAAGAACCCGACCCACCUCCUCAGGUGCAAGAAGCUGUGGUUCAACCAGAUGCUAACUUGGUGCUUAAAUACACUUACGGCGUGAAUGCCUGGAAACAUUGGGUGUUGCAGAAAAAUACGCAGUUAGAAAAGGUGUCGAAACAUAACCAUCGAAUCAAACUGUUCAAAACGGACAUAUUGCAGUGUACGUCUGAUGAAUUGAACUAUACAUUAUGUUUGUUUGUGAAGGAGGUGCGGAAGCCGAAUGGAGAGGAGUAUGCGCCUGAUAGCAUAUAUUACCUUUGUCUGGGUAUCCAGAUGUACUUAUUUGAGAAUAGCAGAGUGGACAAUAUCUUUACUGACAUUUACUAUGAGAAGUUUACAGAGUGUUUGAAUGAAGUCUCCAUGAGAUAUGAACCGAGAUAUGCACCGUCAGGUCACCUCAUAUGCAGGAUAGAAGAGGAGCAUUUGUGGGAAUGUAAACAAUUGGGAGCACAUUCGCCGCAUGUACUUCUCAACACACUUAUCUACUUCAACACAAGAGAUUUUGCCCUAAAAAAUCCACAAGAACAUCUGCGGUUGUCUUUUUCGCAUAUCAUGAAACAUUGGAAAAAAACUGGCAGUAACAGUCUCUGUCCGAGUCCAGUUCCAGCAAAUAUUGGGGGCACUAAUGCUGCUAACAAGAAUGCGGGCCGCACUGUCUACCUGAGGUACUACGCCCCAGCGCCCAAUGCUAAAGGAAAUAAGUCAAAGAAAAAAGAAAAGGAUGACUCCCCUGUGUUUGAACAGGCAGAGAACACUGACAAUCCACUACGAUGUCCAGUUAAACUCUAUGAGUUUUACUUGUCUAAAUGUCCAGAGAGUAUACGGAACAGAAAUGAUGUGUUCUACCUGGUUCCUGAACGAUCAUGCGUACCAGACAGCCCUGUGUGGUAUUCAGCUGCGUCACUAGGAACUGACUCUAUGGCCAAGAUGUUGAAUAGGUUGCGUAUGGUGAAGGAAAUACAGGAAAGUUGCCAUGGUGCAUUUAACGUAGGGUUUACUCCCUAAUGAACUGACUAAUGAGCAAUACGAUACUCCGUAAAACACUUAUGAUUUUCUAGAAGGCUAUCUGUACAUUUUGAUGUAUGUACAUCAAUCUUUUUGAUAUUAUUUAGAAGUGAAGAGAUUCCUUGUUAGUGUGUAUGUGCUUCAUGGAAAACUUGGAUGGAAUGCAAAUACAAAUUAUCCUCUUUUGAAAGGUGUCUCCUGUAGUCAUGUCAGUAGAAAUGUGUCUGGGGUAAAAGAAAAUAAUGUGUAAACUAAUUGGAUGAUUUUUAUGUACAUUUUGUGAUCAAAUAUUUUAUAUCUUGUGGGAUUUGCUUUUGCAAGUCCAUGAUCUGUUGUUGUAUCAGAUGCUGGGCAGGAACAGCCAAACAUUAAUGGGCCCAUUGUAUUAGCCAUAUGCUACCUAAAAUCUGCUCGGCAAUUUCUGGGUCAUCAUAAAUGCUCACUGUGACUACAGUUAUGAAAAGUAGUGCAGUUCUAAUCUACUUACUCUUUAAAAUCAUAGAUAACAGUUUCAAAAAAAUUGUAAUCUUUCUGGUGUCGUCAUUCAUUUGUUGCCUCAUUCUAAAAUGUUGUUGCAGUUGUGUGACGUGCCAGUUUUGAACUUGGUUGCUUCUGAUGUUGCUUUUUACUGUAAUCAUCUUGGCAUUAAAGAGCACUACUUGACAAUCAUAAUUUUAGCAAAGAUUAUCAAUCUCCGGAGCUUGUGUAAUGUAUGCCAUUGGAGUGAAGCACAUUUGUUGCUGUUGAAAAGCUGGCUUUCAUGGGCAAAACCUGAACUCCUGAUCUGGUUAGCAGUGGACAUCUUUCUUCACAUUGCUUGUAAAUGUAUUUUGUAUAUAAGUCCAAGAGGUAUAUUAGUCACCAAAAGAUGUUUUUUAUGACGGCAUGUAAAAUAUAAAGCAAGCUAUGUUAUAGUUAGAGUAGUACCAUUAGUUCAAAAUUAUGGCCAGAGAAUGCUUGGUUAAUAUUUCAUCUCAUGUAGAAAACCUGUAAGUGAAUAAAGAUAAUCAUGUUAUUCAUAAAAUUAGGAAAGCUUUGGUUAAUUUUUUAUCCUGUUCGUAUAUAUUUUGCGGUAAUAUAAUUAGC